GAUCCUGCGAAUUAUGUACUUAAGGAAGAUGCCUCCCCUUCCAUCUUUGGACCAAUUGAGAAGCAGCAUUGGUCCUAUGCAUGUGCAAAACAAUUGAAUGAGAGACUGAUCUAUGCUGAAGGUGCUGAGAAUGGCUUAGAGUUCACUAUUGUAAGGCCGUUUAACUGGAUUGGCCCUAGAAUGGAUUUCAUUCCUGGCAUUGAUGGUCCUAGUGAAGGCGUUCCAAGAGUAUUAGCUUGCUUUAGUAAUAACCUUUUGAGACGUGAACCUCUGAAACUUGUGGAUGGGGGAGAAUCACAAAGAACCUUCAUAUAUAUCAAAGAUGCUAUCGAAGCUAUUUUGCUGAUGAUC